UUUCGCGCAUAUUCGAGCAACCAUUAACAUUCUUGCAUUAAUAAAAAAUUUUUUUUUUGCUUCGAUAUAACGUAACGAAAAUAAGUUGCCUUAUAUCGAGGUAUGACUGUAUUAUUAUUGGUGAAAUUCUCGGUCGGUUAGGGAAGGAGAAAGAAAGUGUUACAAUCGUUGUCGCCAGAAAUCGAGUUUACCUCUGCAUCUCUAACGACUGUCCCGGAAAGUAAGGUUACUUUGUCACCGUAGUAAGUGACGGAUUUUUAUACUUUUACCCUUCCCUCUACACGCCUCUAUAUGGACUCUACUGCUCUUCGUUACCGAGCUACGUUAGUUAACCUGCCAAGUAUCGACAAUUAUAGCUGCCUGGAGAUGUAUUGUGACUUUUGCUCUGGAGUUUGGCGUGAGGAAAGGAUCCAGAAGGGAGAUGGAAGAAAACCUGAGAAUAUAUGUAUACGAUACUUGCGUAUCGUUGUUUUCUUCUACAUUCGCUAUUGCAAAGACCUUCAAAUAAUGCCGAAUCGACACAAGAACUACAUUUUUUGUUUUCUUCUAUGCUGCCCUACUACUAAUACGUUCAGUGAGAUUACCCGUUUGCUAGGGCGAAUAGCUAUCGCAAAUGUACAGCAACAGAAAAAGUGUUCUGGGAAAACAGUUCUAAAAAGGCUGUACUUUUAAAAUGCCUGCACACAACCCGUCUCUAUUUUAUUUUCGAGAGGUGAACCUAGAUUCCCACUAAUCGAAAAGUAUUAGGGUGGCCGCAAAAAUAUUCAUGGCAAAUUUCAAAAACCGACUGGGAACUGUGUACUUAUUGGCCCAAAAAAUGACCUGUGUAAAAUUUCAGCUGAUUUAGGGGUGCUUUCAAGCACUCAUAAGAAUUUUGAUGUUUUGACUGUCGACAAUUAACCACCCUAAUGCAAAAUUUUUUUAAGAUGCCUAAUAAACAUUGAAACGGGUCUAUAACUCGUGUUAAACAUUUUUAUUUUUUUCAAAAAAUACAAACUGUAAGCUAAGCAUCAAUAAAUUAUAGAACUUGAAGAAAUAAAAAAAAUUAAAGUUCGAAAAAAAAGUUUUUCAGAGUGUAUAGUUUUUGAAGUGCAAAACUGUUAUCUACUACUUAGCGGAAGACACUGCACCGGAUUAAAUAGACUGUUUUGGCUUUUAAAAUAUUUUCAUGAUUAAUAGGUACUUGGGCCAGUCAAUUGGAUUUGUAUGUUCUUACUGUUAACCUAACACUAAUACCUAAUAAUGAUAAAGGGCUCUUCCCACUGCUUCCGAUCCGGGACCGGGCCGGAACCGGGCCGUGGCUGAUCCGUGUGUCAUCCGGGCUCCUUUGAGAUUGAUUGCAUGCGUUCUUACGAACGCAUUCACACCGACGCGACGUGCCCAGACCGGAGCAGCGCUGAGUUGCCGUCGUGCGAGAAAAAAACUAUCGUUGCCGACGAUACUUUGUGUUGCCGGGAGAGUGCACGGAAGGCAUUCGGGUAGAUGCGCGUAUGUAGUAGUAACAUAUUUUCGGUUUUGCUUUGCAUUUGCAUUCAUGCAUAUUGCCGUCACAGUCAAACGUUGAAUGAUAGUUCGGGAAAAGUGUUGUGUUAAAAAGUGUUGUGUUUUUGCUAAAACCAAAUAUUGGAAAUGGAUGACGAAAAACUGAUCGAACUUGUGAGAAGCCAUCCUGUGUUGUACGAUUUGGGAGAGGCACGGUAUUUAGACUCGCGGCACAAAACGGUCAUUUGGAACAAAAUCGCUGCAGAAUUAGAAGCAGAAGCGAAUGAUUGCAAAUCAAGAUGGAGUAACAUCCGAGAUCAAUAUCGGAAAUCAUUGAAAAAGGAAACUACGAGGAGUGGCCAAGCGGCCACUCAAAUCCGGCCAUACAAAUACAAACAUCUAUUGAGAUUUCUAAAGCCAACUUUCGAGGAACGGGCAACCAUGAGCAAUAUUGAGCCUGAGGAGCCUGUUGAUGACUCGUGGACUGAGCCAGCGGGCGAAGAGGAAAUAACUAUGCAGGAAGAGCCAAUUACCAAACCCUCACGCAAACCGAAGGCUCAAUCUAAGCGACGAGGAAGGAGUACAGAGCCCAGUGCAUCAUCACAACUGAUGAAAUACUUGAUUUCAAAAAAAAGGUCCGAACAAUCGGAUGGUCACUUACAUCCGGUGGAUGCUUUUUUGUCAGGUAUUGCCCCGAUUCUUAAAUCGUUAGAUCCACUAAAUUUGAAUAAGGCCAGAGCAGAAAUUAAUGCAACGGUACAAAAAUAUGAGCUGGCCAUGCUAAUGCAAGAAAGUCCAUCGAACUGUCAAACUCUACCUCAAACAUCAUCAAACUCUAUCGCAAUGUGUCCAACGCCCCCUUCAGUAUAUCGUAUAUCGUCACCAUUGUGGUCACCACCACGAAAUCCUUCACCGCUACAAAAUCCGUCACCGCCACGAUAUCCGUCACCGCUGCGAAAUUUUGGGUCACCACGUAAGUCUACGCCAACAUCCAGAUACGCGCUAUCACCUCCACCGCUACAAAAUCCGUCACCGCCACGAUUUACGUCACCGCUGCGAAAUCGUAGUUCACCACGUAAGUCUACGCCAACAUCCAGAUACGCGCCAUCACCUCCACUGAAAAUACCUCCGUUACGACCUGCAAAACCACGAGCCCUAACACCACCACCACCGCAAGAGAAGCACCCGGACAAGAAACCGAUCGAAAACCACUCAAUUUCGUUUUCUUAUAAUGAUUUUUUUAAAAAUUUUAAAUUUAAUAUGAAUGAACUUUGAGUAUCAAAACAUGAUACGUACUAAGAAGUUUAUUUAUUUAUUGCUUGAAACACCAAAAUCCAGAUCAGUAGAGCAAUUCCACAAAAAACGGGCAACCAUUUCAAUCGACCAUUUUUUAAUCAUCUGAAACUGUGCAAAGAUGUUCCUUGGGCAAAAGAUGCCAUAUUGUAUUUUUUUUUUAAUCACGAUGUAAACAUGAUAUAUGGAAAAGAUAUUGAUAAUUGAAAAAAAUGAUAAUUGAAAAACGGUUUGUUUGAUCGGUGUGACGUGAUUAGUAAUUUCCUACAACUCAGACAGUUUUUCUACACAAUAAACAGUUUAUCUAUACAACAAACGGCAUUUGACCUGCUUUAAAUGUUGCUAUAUGUUCACGAGUUUUGAGAGAUUUCAUUCCAAAAUUUAAAAUAAUAACAAUAAUAAUGUUGAGAAUUUAGAAAGAAUUUUCUGUUUAUUGAUGUUUUUUUUUCAUUGCCACGGGACCAAUCCUUCAGUAGAAUUAAAAUAAUUCUUGAAUGAUUCCCGAGCAUUAAAGGCAUUUCUGGAAGAAUUUCCUCCUUGAGCUGGCAGUUUCGAAAGGCAGGGCGACACUUGAUCUUCCGAUGAAGACGCACUGUAUGCAGGCGUUACACCAUGGAAUGUGCGGAUGUGGUUAUGCAGCACGCAGCUCGAAAAAAUCAGAUAAUCUAUGUUCUCCGGGUUUGCAUGAAUGGUACGGCAAUACAUUCGACACCACGCAGCAAGCAUGCCAAAUGCAUUUUCGGACACCCUUCUGGCACGGCUGAGACGGUAGUUGAAAAUCCGUUUGGCGUCAUCAAGAUUUUGACCCGGAUAUGGUCGCAUGAGGUACGUUUUGAGCGGGAAUGCCUCAUCACCGACGACGACGAAAGGUGCGGAUUGGUUUGUUCCGGGUAAGGGUGCAUCCUCGGGCAUGGCAAAAGUACCAUUUUGGAACCUUUUCCCCAUAUUGGAGCUCGCGAAAAUCCCACCAUCGCUCUCUUUUCCAAAACUUCCCACAUCAACCGCUAUAAAAUUACCAUGGGCAUCAACCAAGGCAAGCAGCACCACGGAAUACGUUUUUUUGUAGUUGAAGUACUUGCUUCCGCUAUUGGCUGGUUUAUUAAUAGUGACGUGCUUCCCAUCGAUAGCGGCCACGCAGUUGGGGAAAUUCCACUGCGUUUCAAAAUCAUUCGCAAUUUUCCUCCACUUUUCUUUGGUGGGUGUCGGCAUUACCUCUGGCAUUAACACGUCGACAAUGGCACGGCAUGUCUCGUGAAUGAUUUUGUGCACGGUACUUCCUCCCAAACGGUAACUGAACGAAAUCGUUUUCUGGGCAUCACCAGUAGCCAAGUACCUAAAAUAAAAAAAA